UAGUACUGUAAGGCGCUCGUCGCCCUAAACACAGCCCACGUGCCGCAGCGAGGAAGAAACCGGACGACGAGAGCGGUCAGCUCCAGCCGAACGACGAUGGACGUGACGGUGGAUGGGCGGGUACCGCCGGAUACUGCUGACCCACCCCAAACGACCAGUGCCGGUGCGGCCGGCCACGCGCAGCAACAGCACGACCAGAAAUGCUCACAUAUGUCGCAGCAGGACCCACACCACCAUCACCAGCCGCACCAACAGCGAAAUUUGAUGGACAACGCACACGCCAGUCUCCCCGGUGCCAUCCAGCGAAAGUCACGCACCAACGACCGAAGUAAAGAGCGGCCGGGUCACACCGAAUCGCCGACCGGCACGAUGGAAGUUGACACCGGACACUACGGUGACGAUGGCGGAGGACCGAAAGGCAAAGGUUCAUCCGAUAAGCUUGUGGUGCACCUCAUCAUUGGCUUCCGUGAUAUCUGUGUGUUUACACUAGUGCUACCGCUUGGUACCUUGUUCGUUUGUUUCGUCUCCGCUUACGUCUUCCAGCCAGAGGAAAUUCACGAGACGCACUGUCGGGUGUACAAUAUCAUACCGUCAAUCAGUGCCAUCACUGGCGUUAGCCCACAGCGGUAUCUAUGGCGUGUGUCGAUUGCACUCCACAUCGGGCCACGCUUCAUCAUUGCCUUCGUCUACCGGAACUGGUACCGUGCUAUGGUGGCCGGUCUCAACGAUCCAGGCCGUAUGGCAAAAGCCUGCCGAAUGAUCAACAUCGUCUACUGGCUUAAUCUGGUCGAGAUCAGCGCCCUCUGCGGAGUGACCUACAUCUCCAACAAGGAGAACUAUCCACUGCACGAGAAGGUGUUUAUCAUCUUCAUGACGACCUCACUGUCGUACAUGCUGGCGACGCUCAAGCUGCUAAAGAUCCUGCAGCCGGACGGGCCGCAAACACCGAACGAGGAGUCAUCGUUGCGCUACAAGCAAGCCUUCUUUGCCCUCUCGAUCGCCAGCACGGUUGGAUUGAUACUGUUUUUCCUGAAGCAUCGCUUCCUCUGCCAGGAUCUCGCAUUCAGCUGGUUCGCACUGUGCGAGUACAUUGUCGCGUCCGCGAACAUGGGCUUUCACUGCACCACCAUGCUGGACUUCCCGACCGAGCACUUUCUGAUUGCCAAAAAUGCGAAGCAGUACAAGAAGCAGCAGACAUCGCUCGGCUGGAAGCUCGACUGAGCGCC